AUGCGUGGGUUCAAUUUUGUAAUCUUCGCCGCGGUGGCGGCAUGCUCGGUCGUCUCGGCGAGCGGGGAAUCGGUCUGCUCCCGAGCGGCAGCUAGUGUUUCGCGGUUGAAGGAAGUGCUCUCGGAUGAAACACUUAUUUACCUGCCAGGCACUCCUGAGUUUAUAGCUGCUUCCACACGAUGGUCUGUUUUAGAUGCGCCAACCCCCAAUAUCGUCGUCGUGCCUGCUUCUGAGAGUGAUGUCGUAUCUACGGUCAAAUUCGCAAACCAUCUCGGCAUUCCUAUUCUUGCUUUCAAUGGCGCACAUGGUUCACUCACCACAUUGGGAAAGUUUGAUUGCGGAAUCGAGAUAUACCUGAGCAAGCUCAGCAGUGUCAACGUUUCUGAGGAUGGCCAGACAGCCACUAUCGGGGGUGGAACACUAGCAAUUAAUGUCACGAAUGAGCUAUGGGAUGCCGGAAAACAAACAGUGACUGGCACUUGUGAAUGCGUCAGCCUUCUGGGACCCGCAUUAGGAGGCGGUCAUGGAUGGCUCCAGGGACAUCAUGGGCUUGUGGCAGAUCAGUUCGUCUCGAUGAAUAUUGUACUCGCCAACGGAAGCUUGAUCACGGUCGACGAGACUUCUGACCUUUGGUGGGCUGUGAAGGGCGCUGGCCACAACUUUGGUCUCGUCACAUCGCUCACAGUAAAGAUCUACGACAUUGAGCACACGGAUUGGGCAAUUGAGACCAUCAUUUUCAGUGGCGACGAGGUCGAGGCCAUCUACGAUGCGGCUAAUGAGUAUAUUCUCAAGAACGGCACGCAGGACGCGGGCCUGAUUAAUUGGUCGUACUGGCUCAAUAUUCCUGCGAUUGAUCCGGAGAAGCCGAUCAUCUUGUUUUACAUCAUCCAAGAGGGCGUCGCAGUGAUCGACUCUUCGAUUACACAGCCAUUCCACGACCUGAACCCCCUCUCCGUGACCGCAGAGUCGGGCACCUACCAGAAUCUGGCAGCGUGGACUCAGAUCUCCCUUGGCGAUGCCCCUUGCCAGAAGUCAGGCCUUGUCAACCCACGCUUCCCCUUGUAUCUACAGACCUACAACCUUACCGCCCAGAAGGAAGCAUACCAAGUAUUUACAUCCAACGUCAACGGCAGCUCCCCAUUCAACAGUUCCAUCUACAUGUUCGAGGACUACUCCUCGCAAGGCGUCAAGGCAAUCGACAGUGACUCGUCUGCAUUCGCUUUCCGCGAUGCCAACAUUCUCAGUGCACCGCUUCUCACAUAUGUCCCAACAGACGCAACCCGGGACCAACAAGCUGCAACGCUCGGCAACCAACUUCGGGACAUCCUGCAUGCUGGAAGUGAUGAGCAGGAUUAUCGGGUGUAUGUGAACUAUGCAUACGGAGACGAGAGCCCUGCGGAGUGGUAUGGAAGCGAGGGUUGGCGGCAACAACGUCUUCAAAGCCUGAAAAAGAAGUACGAUCCCAAGGGUGUCUUCAGUUUUUACGCGCCAAUUAUAUAA